AUGCCAGACGAUAGCAAGGUGCCCUUACAAUACGACCCCUAUAAUCCGGCCAGUCUGCCUGAUUAUGACAAUGAGUUCAUCAAUCCAGACGACCUGAUACGUUUCGAGAAGGCGUUGAACGCCCCAGAAGCAUCCCCUUUGACCGCUAUUAACGACUGGCGUCCAAUCAACCAACGAGUUCGAAAGACCAGAGGCCGCCGCAAAGCUCCAAAACGGAGCAAAGACGAAACAAGGGAGGGCGUUCUCUACACAUUGCUGAAAUGGCCGUUUCUUCUGACCGUGUUCGCAUGGAUUGCUAUGCUUGCCUUUGGCUAUGUUCUGGUUCGAAUGUACGUCCUCUGCUAUGAGCAAUGGGUCACAUGGCGUGGUAAGAGGGAGCGCCUCCGUCGAGAACUUCGAGUACAAACCAAUUAUCCGGACUGGCUGAAGGCAGCUCAGGCCCUGGAUGCCUAUCUCGGGAAUGAACAAUGGAAGCAAGUGGACGAGUACGCUUACUACGAUCACCUCACAGUCACAAAAGUCGUGGGUCAGCUGAGAAAGCUGCGGAAGGAUGUGGAACUGGAGGCGCAACACGAGCCGACCACGGAAAUCAGCUCGGCCAUAGACGACCUUGAAUCAUUGCUAGAGGCUUGCGUCAAAAACAACUUUGCUGGAGUGGAGAACCCCCGGAUCUAUAGUGAAUCUUAUGUCGGGACCAAGGAACUGGUUCAGGAGUAUAUCGAUGAGGUGCAUGCAUGCAUCCAGCUGGUCUUGGACAGUAAGCAGACCGACAUGGAGACCAAAUACCGGUUUUUCAAACACCUCGAUACAAACUUCGGCCGGACCGCUCUUUGUCUGUCUGGCGGUGCAACCUUCGCCUACUACCACUUCGGGGUAGUCAGAGCGCUGCUGGAGAAUGAUGUGCUGCCGGAGAUCAUCACGGGCACAUCGGGCGGGGCACUGGUUGCCGGCCUGAUAGCCACCAGAACCGAUGAGGAAUUGAAAAGACUAUUGGUCCCCGCGCUAGCACAUCGAAUCCGCGCAUGUAAUGAAGGGAUCACAACGUGGGUGCGUCGUUGGUGGAAGACAGGUGCUCGGUUCGAUACAUUAGAUUGGGCCAAGCAGUGCAGCUGGUUUUGUAGGGGUUCAACUACAUUUCGGGAAGCCUACGAACGAACAGGCCGCAUCCUGAAUGUAUCCUGUGUGCCCUCGGACCCUCACUCCCCCACCAUUCUGGCCAAUUACCUCACCUGUCCGGACUGCGUCAUCUGGAGUGCCGUACUUGCCUCCGCUGCCGUCCCCGGCAUUUUGAACCCCGUGGUCUUGAUGACCAAAAAGCGCGAUGGCACUCUUGCCCCUUACUCCUUCGGACACAAGUGGAAAGACGGCAGUCUUCGGACCGAUAUACCCAUCAAGGCUUUGAAUUUGCAUUUCAACGUGAACUUUACCGUCGUAUCGCAAGUCAACCCUCAUAUCAAUCUAUUCUUCUUUAGUUCUCGAGGAACUGUGGGCCGGCCAGUGACGCAUCGCAAGGGUCGCGGCUGGCGCGGUGGAUUUCUUGGUACUGCCAUUGAACAGUACAUCAAACUUGAUCUCAACAAAUGGCUGAAGGUUCUCCGACACCUGGAGCUCCUACCCAGACCGUUGGGUCAAGACUGGAGCGAGAUUUGGCUUCAGAAAUUCAGUGGUACUGUGACCAUUUGGCCAAAAUGUAUUAUCUCGGACUUUGUUCAUAUCCUAUCGGAUCCCACGCCGGAAAGGCUUGCACGCAUGAUCCACGUCGGUCAGCAAAGCGCGUUUCCCAAAAUUCAAUUCAUAACAAACCGACUUAAAAUCGAAACCGCAAUCAUGAGUGGACUAAAGCGAUGUUCCCCCACCGGCGGCCGUUCUCUCUCGCCGAUCCUAUCCCGCAGGCUCGAUAUCUCAGACCAUGAGGACGCUAUGGUCGAGCGAUUGGAUGAAAACUUCCCCGAGCGCAGCGAUCAUAUAUACAAGGACGAGCCGCACUACUCGGAACUUUCCGACAGUAUCACGCUAUCAACGGCAUCCUCGCGCCCACGGACCCCGACCUCAAGAAGGGGAAGCGUUAUCGAGGAAGUACGUCAUCAGUCCGCCGUCUUCUUUGACGAUAGGGGUAUUAACGGUGACGAGGAUACCACGGACACAUAA